CAAGGCCUUAAUAAUUCUUUGGAAUCGCGGCCAGCAGGCGAAGAGAGGAGAGAUUGAGGAAGACAGCGACGAUGAGCGGCGCCGGCUCUCCGGACUUCUUCUGAAGUUAAGCGCAACGCCUCGGUUACGUCACCUGAUCUUCCUUCCAGAUGUGCUCGCCCUCGCAUUUCUCCAGUUUGAACCCCUCUGCCGAGGAGUUCGUUCCCCCCUCCUUACUAUCGUCGGGUCUCUUGGCCAUGCUUAUUCUAUUCUGGACAGGAGCGCGAUCACGAGAAAGUACAGUUUGCUUGAGAUGCGUAAUAGGUUCGACAGAAUUCCAAUGGCUCAAUACGGAGAGUCUAUCAGGAGGUCUGUCUUUGUUUCUAAUCUUCACCAGAAGGCUAAGGCCUCUGGCAGAACAGCUGAAGACUGUGGUAUAAAUGGUGAUGAAACUGGUGCUUUGAUCCUUGAAAACUAUGACAAGAUUCUUAGCUCUUGCAACGCUUUGGAUUUUCAUGAUUUCAUUAGCUCAUCUGUGAAGUUACUUGCUGAUUUCCCUGAAGUGUACAAUGAGUGUUUGAGCACUUGGAAGGCAAUUGUUAUAGAUGAAUUUCAGGAUACAAGUUCAUUGCAGUAUGGCCUCUUAAGGAUUUUAGCUUCUCAUAAUCGUGUAAAAAUUAUUGGUGAUGAAGAUCAGUCCAUAUUCAGUUUUAAUGGUGCUGUCAAAGAAACUUUCCUACUGUCAAAGAGGUUAGAUUGAAGAAGAAUUACCGCUCUACCAAGUGCAUUGUUGAGGUAGUUUCUGCUCUCAUACUGAACAAUAAUAAACGUUGCUGUAUUAAACAAAUUGUGAUUGAUAAUUCCUGUGGAAGCAAGGUAUACUUGUUAUGUAAUAAGCAUAUUGAUGAAGAUAUACUUAAUAAGCUAUAAAAUGAGUGAUCAAAAUGGAGUGAAGCAUUUGGAGUCGUUUGUGAUAAUCAUGUCCUCAGACACUGAAAUUAAAGUUUUAUAAGAUUGUGAUUUGACUAGCGAUACUCUGUUGAGGAGUGUUGGGAUGUGGAAAAACAACAUAUUCAACAAGCUAUUAUAGCAGAGACGAGAAGGUUGAAAUGGAUGCGAGGAGUUCUUAAGAAUAAAUAAAGAGAUGAUAUAUACAUUGAUGCGGAUGCAGCUUGGGGCGUAGGAGUGAUUAGGGAGAAAGAGAGGGGCUGUUCAGUCUUUUGCAGGAUUAGGGCUUUGAGUUUAUAAGACGCACUGUUCAUUGAGAAGGAAGGGGGGAGAGGACUUUUUGGCUUCGUGCUGUAGUUUGGGGCCGCCGCCACCAUGAACAGAGGAAGGGACUUUUUCUUGGUCCCUCGCCGCCGUCGGCGGAUGGACGCCUCUCUCUCUCAUGCAUGCCACUGCCCUCCCUCGAUGAUGCCGCCUCCUCCUCCUUCAGGAGAUCCAAGUGCCCUGGCCGCGAGCCUUCAUCCUCCUCCUCCACCGUCGCCGGCGUCGCCACGCCCCCCUUCGACCUCAAUAACAACUGGAGGCCGAACCUCCUGCCACCUCUGCUUCCCCUUCCGUCGAGGAGUCAGCCUUGGACGGCGGCUCCCUUGGCGAGGAAUCUCGCGGACUUCGCCUCCUCGGCCUCCUUCUCCGCUGCGUUGAGACUGUCGCCGCUAACCAGCUCUCCGAGGGCCAUGAACUCCUGCCCGAGACCUCUGAGCUCGCCUCCCCUUUCGGCUCCUCCCCCGAGCGAGUAGCUGCCUACUUCGCCCGGCGCCCUCCGCGCUAAUAUCGUCAGUUGCGUCCUUAACGCUUACUCCCCGCUCGCUGCCACAGCCACCGAGCCCAGCGGCCAUUGCCGCCGCCGCUGCCCUCCGAUGCCACAUCCAUCGUUGGCCGACUCACGACCUCCAUGGCUGGUAUUGUGCUUUGUGUGUUGUGUUCCGGCAUCGAGCCGCUUAGUUAUUGGUAUUAUUCGGCCUGCGUGCCGUAUGUCGGCUUGCGAGCCGUUGUGGUAUUCUGGCCUAGGUGCCGUUGUCAUGUCUCGGCCUGCAUGCCGCCUUCUGGAUCCAUGUUGCACCAGAUUCCAUGUUGUCGCCCCCAGAUCCGACUCCUUAGCUGGUUCAUAUUCAUCUACUCAUUCGGGGCCAUGACGGCUCGAUCAGCAGCGCGACCAACUCACCGAUCCAUCCGAGGGCGCCCCUCCGGGGCGAGGUACGUCAUCGUACUCGUCUUGUAUUUAUUUAGUUCUAUCAUUAGUCAGCUACUUAUAUAUUCGUGGGACCCGCCUCGAGCAUCGGGGUACCAGAGACCGGGGCAAGUAGUGUUCACUAAAGGACAUCGGACGACUUGGUCAAUGCAGGAGACAGCCCAACAUCCGGGUCAUUGAGAUGCGGUCAACAUUCCAGACACGUCACACCGGCAGUAUUCAGGUUUCUAUUAAGGAAUGGCGCAACGAAGAUGCACAAUGUGCAUUUGUCAUUGACAAAAUUUUAGAGAUGACAUCACAUGACUCAAUGCUGACGUCUCCUUUGGCAAUGUUGCGAUUCUUUACCGGAGACAAGUCUCUGGAAAAGCAUCCCAAGCAUGUUUGCAAGACAGGAGAAUACCUUUUAAUACUCAUGGGGUUGCCUUUUAUCGGAAAAAGGGUGGCUUUCUGUUUUCGUGCAGAAUUUUUGCUUGCGCCUUAAUUAUAUUUGCAUCUUGUAAUUGCUUGUUAGGUCAUGGGAGCUGUGAGUGCUGGUCUCUUAACUUGCUCUACUAUUGAGUUUUGUUAUUUCAUGAGGAUAAUCUAGUUUAUGCUGUUACAUCUUCAUGCUGUUACAUCUUCGUUUUAGUGAUUAGGCUUUUACUUCUUAUCGUAUGCUUGUAGGUUAUUGCAACACAUGAUGAAGCUUCUUCAAGCAGUUAUUAACUCUAAGUAGGCUCAUCAGUUAGUAACAUCAUCUUAUUUUGCAGAAAUUAGCUAAGAUUGACAAGUUGUGUCAGUUGUAAUGCUAGAAUAAGAAUAGGUAUUCACUUUUCCAUUACAUUCCCUGCUAAAAGAAACAACACAUGAAUCAAGUUGACCAUAAAAAUUUAUUACUAGUUUCGAAAUAUCUUUGAGUUUUCUCUUCAUACUGCAAAUAUAUGCAUCCUGACUGCAUCUUAUAGAGUAAGUUGAUCUCUUAUCUCAUUAUUGGAAGCUCUCUUCUUGGGCCAUGGCAUGUGUAAUAUUGCCAUUGCAAGUGAAUUAGUAGGUAAACUUCAGAAUCCUAGGCUCUCUUGAAUGGGAUGAACUUAAUUACUUUGCCUUUUAUGUUUAUUAUUAUAAUUUUUGUGCUACUCCGAAAUUGUGUUAAUGAAGACAUUGCACAUCAGGUAACAAAAGCUAUUAUGGCAUUACUGAGAACAACAUUGCCUGAUUGUGAUGUUAGUCCAUUUCGGCUUUCCUUCAAGGCACUUUUUCCUGGUGAUUUGCAGUUGUCUUCAGUUUAGGCACUCAACUUCUCAAUUGAGCAACCUGAGUGACUAACAUGGUGACGUACAUGUUGUUGAUUAUGUUGAAAGGAUUUCCUCAGCAAGAAAAUGUAGCUUUUUGGCAUCUGCAAAAGACAUUUUUCAUGCAAAAGUUUCUUGUACUUUCAAAAGGUUUUUUGUUCUCGACCUCCUUUAUAUUCUUUAGACUUAAUUUUAUGAUUUGUAUAGUACAUGCUAUAUUUAUGAUCUUGUCAUUUUUAGUUGAGCUGAUAACAUUUUUUGCAAUUUAUUCCGGGGAAGGAGGUAUCUUCACUUCACUAGCAAGUUCCUUUGGCUAAUUUGGCAAGCUCUUAUUUUUUAUAUCUCUGCAUUUUUUUCAAUCACGUUGCUGUGCUAAUGGUUUAUGAGGAUCUAUACCACAAUCAUUGAAAGGAAUGCAUUGUGAAAUCAUAGUUAUGACAUCAUGCUCGUGAAGUCUUAGUUCCUCUUCCAUAGGAUUCUGUUGGUCUUAAGGUUAACUUCAUCAUGGGUUGAUAACUUGGAACUUUCAGCUGAGGUCUUUUUUAACUUGAUUAGUAGUAUAAUUCAGUGUUUUUAUGAUCCUGCAUAUAAUAAAAUUAUAUUUGUUCUCUAUAACAACUGCUUCCUCUUAAUUUGGAAAUAAUAUUUAGGUUGUUACAUAGUGGUUUGCUAUAUUUGGUCAAUGCCAUUUAAGUUGUCCAUAUAAGAGAUACAUAUGAUAUUUAUUUGACCUAUUCUCCUUCACCUACAAGAAAGAAGCAACUACAGUUUUCCCCCCUUAUUUCUGGAUGGGUGAUGUACAAUCAAUGAGUUGUCAAUGUUGUCCCUGUUGUUCCAAUUAACUUUGUGAUGAAAUUUGCUAAUUCCAUCGACAUCACAUGGAAGACCUUCAGAUUCAUGCCUCUGCUCAUCUACUAAUUAUUAUGUUAAUUGUUUUACUUACGUUGAACAUUCUAUGGUUCCAAUUCUUCCUGUGUUUUCGUUUACAAGGUCUCAACUUACUCAAGGAUGCAAAGUAUUAUUUUCACUUGAUAUGAUCUCCACGCUUGAAAGAAGAGUAAGAAAUAAUGAAUAUUGAUACUACUGCUUUGUUAUCUUGGUGUUUACUUUUACAAUGUUCUUAAUAUUUGUUCCUAGAUGAAAUUUCUAUCUUGGUUCUUAGCUGUAUGCGCCAACAGGAGUGUUUGGUUGGUAAAUAACCUUGGUUGGUAUUGCCGUUGAUGUAUUUCUAUUAAAAGGACUUGAUAAGAACAUCUUGAGAAGAGCCAUUUAUGAAAUUUUAGCUUAAAUAUCAUUCUUUCAGUCAUAUCAAACAAGGCAAAACAGGUAAUCAAAGAGCUAAGAGUGGGGUGUUUCAUCACAAACUUCUGUUCUAUUCACUCAUUUUUAUCAUCGAGCCAUGUUAAUUUCAACUGUUUGGGUUUUAGCUACAUGGAUCUUAUCUCCAUUGAAUAAAUUAUAUCACUAGUAACUUUGAGAUCUGUUAUUUGAUUUUUUAGUUCCUUAACUAUAGUCUUAGUCCCUGGUUUUCCUCUACUCCUUUAACCUUAACUCUGAUUGAGGAACCUGAAGAAUUUUAUAUGUAAUUGUGUGCCUUAGAAGCUGCGUGUACCAUCUUAACCUAUUUCAGCCACGCCUAGUAGCUUUCAAAUCAUCAUACUAUUCACUUGCCGUAUUAUUCUUAAUUAGGGUGACAUUAUAAUUUGUUAGUUCUUGUUUGAUGUAUCAACUUUUCUAUUUUAAUUCAUUUAUGUUAAGAGGUAGGUUAAUUUUUAUUCAUCAAAUAAGACUACAACCAAUGACUAUCUAACUUUUAGGCCUAACUAAUUAAUGGGAAAAAAAACUAUAGUUUUCAUAACAAUAAAAAAUCCUCUUCUUUUCUCAUUUUCACUUCUCUCUUUCGAUCACGUGAUUGCUUUCCAAGGCACAUCACGCCAUAUUCCAUUAUCCGUCUCUUAUAGUUCUUUGCCAACAGUUUUGUAGGUUUCUACCAAAUUUUCCUUUAGAAUGAUCAGUCUCUUUUAUUUUUAGUAUUGUUACUAGAAUUUUUAUUUAUUUAUUUAUUUAUGCGAUACCAAAAGGAAACAUCUUCAUGUUCCAAGGAACAUUACAAUUUGUCCUUUCUAUCUGAGAUGGUUCUCUUUAGUCAGUUUGGAUAGAGGAUUACUCAUUUCAGUUGAAACUUAGUAGUUAAUAUUUUAUAUAAUUCUUUUUCUUUGAUUAAUUUAUAAUUUGAUGCUAUCUUCAUCCUGUUUGGAAAGUUCAAUCUCAAUGGUCAUCUCUUCUGUAGCAAAUAUGUUACCUCAGGUUCAGUUUAAUAUCAUUUCCAAGAUUACUUUAGUUUUAUUUUUCUUGUAAUUCCUUUUCACUUAAUUAUUGGUAGGAACUGCUUUCUUUCUGAGGCAGUCUGUCCCCUUUGGAACUUGUGGCUAAAAUCUUGUCACAUUGCAUUGUAGUUUUUUCAUCACUGAAUACCAUCUAAUUUGACAUAGGUGACUCUGAAUUUGUUAUCAUGACCAUUACUGGAAUCUUUGUUUUAUUGGUCAUCAAUGUAUUUCUCACACUAUUGAUAGGACUUGGUGUCAAGAUAAGGUUGUUCUUUUGUGAUUCUUGGUGUUUAGGUUCUGUUAAAUAAAUUCCACUUUGCUUGCAAGGUUAAUGGCACGAGAUGUACAAAUAUUAAACUGUUACUCAUGGUUAACAGAUAUGAAAACAAGAACCUCAAACUUCAAACAGAUGUAGGUAGUUUUGCACACUUCAAACAAUUUUUACAUGGCAUCAAGUGGUUCAGUCAAUUGCCAAGUAUAUAUUAUUGAAGAAUAUGUGAUGAAUCUGUAUCAUGAUAUUUCUGGGAAGCAUUUAACCUUGUUGCUCUUGUCCUGAAUGGAGAAGAUUCUCACAUUUAGUGUAAUGUGGGGAUGCCUUGUGGUCAAGACCAAAAAGGAAAAAAAAAAAUUAAGAAUAUGCUAAUUUGUGUGUUUCUUACUAAUAUAACUUGAGUGUCAUUUGUUCAAAUAUUACAUAUCCAUAGAUGUUUUUGUUUUAUUUGUGAUGAAAAUAUAUGAAGCAAGUGUUGUAAUUGCAAUAUGGUAAACUUGACAAGCUUUUGCCAAUCUCUUUUUGAUGCAUGGUUUGAAAUUUGUACAGGGCGAUAGUCAAAACUUAUUGUUUUGAUAAAUUUCUAAAACUACGCAAAACUACUUGGCACAGGUAAUUUAUCUUGUGUUGUAUCAAUUAUAUUGACUUGUUUAAUGUCAUACUAACAUUCAACACCUCUUGACAUGUGACAAACUACAUCAAGUUGAAGUGAUGUUCGUAUGUUUUUUUAGCUUUUGUUCAUGCAAUAAAAUGUUAAAAUCGUACAAUUUUAUAGAGUUAGAAAUAUAGAUGUGUUAUUUUCUUAUUCUUCUUUUUCAUCUUCUUCCUCCCAAUUCUCCACCUACGUCUAAACAUAAAUACGGCCGAAUCACUAUCAUUCUAGUCAAAGUCUAAGGGAGUGCUUGGUUGAAGGGAAUGGAAAUGAGGAAUGGGAAAGGGAUUGAAAGUUAGUGUUUGGAAUGUUAAUAUUUGGAAUGGGAAUGGUGGGGCCCACGGAUUCAAACCCCCAAAUAUGGGAUUUGGCCAUUACCAAGUAAAAUGGGGGAAUGGGAAUGGUGGGGUCCACGGAUUCAAAACUCCUCAUUCCCAUUCUUACUUCAAUGAAUCUCAUUCCUAAUCCCAUUCUCUUCCACAAACCAAGCACCCCCUAAAACUCUAGUAUGGUUGUCGAGAUUUUGAACCUUGAUUGAAAUAAAUCUCGGAGUCAUCAUGUUAACAUUCAUAUAAAAAGCUGUCAUUUAAUUUUCUUUUGACGUGAUUUUGCUUGAAAAACGAGAUAUUUUAUGUUUUUCAGAAAUGUCUUCUUGAAAAACGUGCGAUAGUUGAUGCAGGUGGUGGGAAGUUCUUGAAUGAGGACAAUGACCUAAGAUCAGUAAGUGAUUUUGUUGCAUGUUAAUCUCUUGGUAUACAUUAAGGCUUAAGCUAUACAUUAUGCGACAGCUAAACCUUCCCAAUGAUUCUGCUAUUCAUUGAUUAGUGCAUUAUGGCAUUUAGCAUAAUCCAAUAUGUUGUAACUUGACUAUUUAGAAAGAUCUUGUUUAUCUAGUGAUUUUACAUGACGCAUGAUAAUCUUGACUGUUUGCAAUAUAUAAACAUGCUGCAUAUGUACAUAUGUAGCUUAUGUACU